AUGUUACUAAAACGCCUGUUACAAUCGAGGGCUCUACCGAGGCGACCAAUUGUUGAUUUAGCAUAUACAAUUGUAAAACCUGCCACCACUGAUGAGAAGUAUUUGAAAAGGGAGCCUGUAUUGAUAACACUACAUGGUCUUUUUGGAACUAAAUCAAUGUUCGGAACAUUCAGUAAAACUUUGUCCGAUAAUUUAGGUUACACUGUUUGUAAUGUAGAUCUGAGAGAUCAUGGUGCAUCUCCUCAGGCAAUUCCAUUUGAUUAUGUAACUUUGACGAAGGAUCUGAUUAGUUUCAUCAAGAAAAGGUUCGGUACUCAAAGGCAAAUCAAUAUUAUCGGAUUCUCUCUUGGUGGCAGGGUUGCUUUAUUAUCAUCACUUUGUAAUCUGGUUAAUAUCAAUAAAUGCGUUUCUAUCGAUUUCCCUCCUUAUACAAUACCAAGGGUUGACGAUGUGUUGACCGAGAAUUUUGACUCGAUUCUCAAAAUAAUAUCUAGGGAAAUCAAGAUUACAAAAGGUACCAAGACUUGGAAAAAGGAACUGUUAAACUUGUUAAAUGAGUUACCUGCGAACAAAAUCGAUAAAGGCCAUCCCGCUCUUUACUUUGCUAACGGCUUCUUCUUGAACAGCAAUAACAAUUUACCGUUCGAUAAGCAUUUAGAUAAGGAUCCUUAUAUCGAUUUCUAUCUACCAUUGAAACAGCUACCAACAAUACUGGAAGAUGUUAAAAUUUGGCCGGACUUGUAUGGGAAAGAUAAUUCUGAUCAUUUUUUUAAAACUGUAACGGAUAGAUCUGUCUUAUUCAUGCGAGCAUUGCAAUCUCCUUUCUUCACAGAUGAUUCAAGUCUACUAUAUAAGCAUUUUCCUAGGGCAAAACUCGUCAGCUUUGACUGCGGUCAUAAUAUGGCUUUUGAGAAACCUAAAGAAACUGUGGAAUACAUCGUGAACUAUCUGAAAGAAUAG